UUCCUUUAUGCAACUUACAUUGCCCCAUCUGCCAGUAUGGACAUUGGACUUCAUCAGAGUAAGAAAAACAUGAUUUAUCAGAAAAUUGACCCAGCUUUUGAGGAUCUUUUUGACCCAGCAGAAGAAUAUAUCCUCACUGUUCUCCUAGAACCAUGGAUGAAGAUGGUGGAAGCAGACAAAUACACUUACGGGAAGGUGGAGUUGGUGGAAGAAACUCGACAGCUGGACUCCGUGUACUUUAGAAAGCUCCAGGCUUUGCAUCAAGAGAGUGGUUCCAAGCAGGAUGAGAGUACUGUUGCUGACACUGGUCUGCCAUCCUGCCCUGAUGCUCUCAAAGAAGAUCAGCACUUGCAUCAAGUUCCCAAAGAAUUGGCAGGUCCUAAUCUAUCUGACCUGAUCCACGACAAAGAGAAGUUAGAACAGUUCUGGGCUUUUCUUAAUGAGCAUUCUGCUGGCAUGGAUCUCAUGUGCUGGCUAGAUAUUGAACAGUUCAGAAAGAUGCUCCACAAGGAUAAAGAAAAAAGGGAGGAAAAGUCUAAGGACAUUAAAAACAAGUACUUAAACAAAAAAUACUUCUUUGGACCCAACAGCCCAGCUACCAGAGAACAACAAGAACAGCUAAUGCAUUCAGGUGGAGGAUGGGGACAAAUCCUACAUGAUCGACUUUCAGCAGCGGUUCUGCUAGAAAUUCAGCAAUGCAUCCAGAAGAGAUUAGAAAAACAAUGGCUGCCAUUGUUCCUGGCAGAUGAGCACCACGGGGCAGAGGGACAAGCAAAGAUAAGGGACAUAAAUGAAGAUCUUCCACGCCAAAACCAGGAGAAGACAACUAGGAUGUGGAAGCAUGCGGACAAUAAGUGGGUUUCUUCAUCUAGUGAAAUAAUUGCAUUCCGCAAAGCGCUGUUGAAUCCAGUGACAGCAAAUCAGUUUCAACGCUUUGUGUCACUGAAAGGAGACCUACUGGAGAAUGGAGUGCUCUUUUGGCAAGAGGUACAGAAGUAUAAGGACUUGUGCCAUUCUCAUUGUGAUGAUGCCACAGUACAGAAAAAGAUCACAGCUAUUACUGACUGCUUUAUUAAUUCCGCUGUACCCCCAGCUUUGCAGAUUGACAUCCCAAUUGAACAAGCAAAGAAGAUUUUGGAGCACAGGAAAGAACUAGGACCUUACAUUUUUAGAGAGGCACAGAUGACUAUUUUUGCUCUUCUGUUUAAAUUUUGGCCAAAAUUUUGUAAGUUUCGAAGCAAUUUGGCUAGUGACAAAAUUCUACUUGCUUUGGAGAGAGAUAAAGAAGAGGGCAGAAAACUCAUCGGUCUGUCAGGCAGUGCUUUGGGAGAUGAGACUGGUGUGGAGAGAGGACCAGCAUCAUUUUCAGAUGGAAAUGGGUGGCAGGCUUCCUGGUCCUAUUCCAAGUACAUAGAAGCCUUGGAGCAGGAGAGAAUACUCCUGAAAAUGCAAGAAGAUCUGGAGAAAACCUCAUCAUCAUUCCUUACAGGUACCUCGUCUAUGUCCUUGCCAAAGCCUGGAAACUCAAAAAAAUCCACCAUUUCUCCAAAGAGUAGUGUGAUUUUGGAGAAACGGUCAAAUCUUCCCAAGAAACAGAAAGUUGCUGAUCUAACACCUAUGUGA